CCUCAAAAAUAUAAAAGCGAAAAAGAAAAAAUGUAAAAAAACUUCCUUCCGUAGGAAACUAGACAAACCCGACCCAAUUCACCACCAAUCACCAGUUUCAGAUUCACCACUCACUUCGGGAUUUCCGUUCCCUUUUCAUUUCAAUCAAAAGUCACUCUUACUCAGAAUCAGCCAUCGUCUUUUCCUUUACUUGAUUUUCAGCUUUUUUCCUUCCAUUUUUUCUCAAUCCAAACAAUGGAGAGCUUAGCCCUUCAAGCUUUCUCCACUGUUACCACCACUCCCUUCUCGCUUUCCUCCCGGUCUUCGCUUCACCUCCGGUCUAGACCCAUUACGAAAAUUUCCCAGCCAUCCAUUUUCCCUUCAUCUUCAAUCCCCACCCUUCGAUCACCGCUCAAGCCUCUCUUAUUACUUCCCGAACGACCCAAGCCCUUCAUUUCGCCUAUCCGGGCCGUUUCUCGAAACGACAGCACCCCACCUACUGAAACGACCACCUCUCCUCCUCCUCAAGGAGCCAAACUCUUCCCUUUGUUUCUCUCAGUUUCCAUUGGUCUAAUUGUUCGUUUUCUCGUUCCCAAACCGGUCGAAGUAACCCCACAAGCCUGGCAACUUUUGGCCAUCUUUUUAUCCACAAUCGCCGGUCUAGUCUUAAGCCCUUUACCCGUUGGGGCAUGGGCUUUUAUAGGUCUCACAACUUCCAUCGUCACCAAAACGCUGCCGUUUGCGUCCGCCUUCAGUGCUUUCACCAAUGAAGUCAUUUGGUUGAUUGUCAUUUCCUUCUUUUUCGCUCGUGGAUUCGUGAAAACGGGGCUCGGGGACAGAAUCGCUACUUAUUUCGUCAAAUGGUUGGGCAAAAGCACGUUGGGGUUGUCUUAUGGACUGACUUUGAGUGAGGCCUUGAUUGCGCCGGCGAUGCCUAGUACUACUGCUAGAGCUGGUGGGGUUUUCUUGCCCAUUAUUAAGUCCUUGUCUUUGUCUGCUGGAAGUCGGCCUGGAGAUUCGUCAUCUAAGAAGCUUGGGAGUUAUCUAAUUCAAUCGCAGUUUCAGUCUGCUGGCAACUCCAGUGCUCUUUUCUUGACUGCUGCAGCUCAGAAUUUGCUAUGCCUCAAAUUAGCAGAGGAGCUUGGGAUUGUCAUUUCAAGUCCUUGGGUUUCGUGGUUCAAGGCAGCUAGUUUACCAGCACUUGUUUCUCUACUGCUUACUCCAUUGAUUUUAUACAAGCUUUAUCCUCCCGAAACCAAAGACACACCGGAUGCCCCUGCAAUGGCAGCAAAGAAACUAGAGAACAUGGGUCCUGUCACUAGAAAUGAAUGGAUCAUGGUUGGAACAAUGCUUCUUGCAGUUGCUCUAUGGGUCUGUGGUGAGAGUCUUGGUAUACCAAGUGCUGUGGCUGCAAUGAUCGGUUUGUCAAUACUCCUUUUGUUAGGUGUGCUCGACUGGAAUGAUUGCUUAAGCGAAAAAUCAGCAUGGGAUACAUUGGCUUGGUUUGCUGUUUUGGUAGGCAUGGCUGGCCAAUUGACAAACCUUGGGAUAGUGAGCUGGAUGUCUGGUUGUGUAGCUAAGGUCCUUCAAUCUCUCUCAUUGAGCUGGCCAGCUGCAUUGGGUGUUCUUCAGGCAUCAUACUUUUUCAUCCACUACCUAUUUGCAAGUCAAACGGGUCAUGUAGGUGCAUUAUACUCCGCUUUUCUUGCCAUGCAUUUGGCCGCUGGAGUACCUGGCAUAUUAGCAGCACUGGCUCUUGCUUACAACACCAAUCUUUUUGGUGCCCUAACACAUUAUAGCAGUGGUCAGGCAGCUGUCUACUAUGGAGCCGGAUACGUAGACCUUCCCGAGGUAUUCAAAAUGGGAUUUAUAAUGGCUUCCAUUAAUGCCAUCAUCUGGGGUGUUGUUGGAAAAUUCUGGUGGAAAUUUUUGGGCCUCUACUGAUUGAAACUUACUCCUUCAAUGUCAUUCUUCACUGUCGUAAGAAGUAAUAUUUUUUGGGAACACAAUUGAGCUCAAAUUGAAUUUACUUCCAUAGAAAAUUUUCAUAGUUACAACUUUGCCUAAUUUUUUGACUGCUCUAUUUUCAACUGUUUGUUAACAUUUCAGCAGGUUUAUAUUGCUUAUUCAAUUCAGUCCAUAA